CACAUCCCUACUCAAACUUCUCAACUUCUGUCCUGGGCCGUUAUCCACUGAGACCUCCUCCCAGCUUCCUCAAAUUUCCAAAGACGCGUUAAUCGCGGACGAGUAACCUGGAUUGGAGGAGACGCGUAUCCCGGCAGCAGCUUCAUUGGUUCCGACAAACAAAUCUGGAUUGCUUUUGAUUUGUAGACCCAAUCACAGGACUCUUCAUCAUGGCCGAAGAGAGACACACCAGUACACGUGGUAGUUCUUUUCACCCGAAUGUCCCUGCGUCCCGCCCUAGCCAGAAUUCACCAGUGAAAAAUUCUGGUCCUUUGUACCCGCCCAUCAGCCCUUCUCGCCCACAGCAACAGCAAAGUCACUCCAGAGUAAGAGAAUCUCGGACAAGCUCCCAAAACACUCCAUUCUCACCUGCAAACAGAAAUCCGUCACCCGUCAAACGCGGACAACCCCUGACCAAACCACCCAGACCCAGCUCAAGGCCUACAUUCUCCUCUACUUCCAGAGCAACUUCACCCACCAAAGUCUCUGUAAUUAAACAAAAUAGCAAAACUCCUACCAACACCCACGCCAGCCCUACUCGUACACCUCUUUGGCCCAAUGGAAGAGCUGAGACUGGAUUAGGUCUUAACAUCGGAAAUCCAACUCCAGGAAGAUCAUCCCCUACCCGUCAACCUUCUUUGAAACCUUGCAGUAGUGGUCACGACUCGAUGGAUAGCUCACUGAUGAACGUGACAUUCGUCAGUGCUGCAAGUGGGAUCGACGAAAAUCAGCCUCUCCCAUCUUCAGCCAAGCCCAAGGAGUUCAAAUCACAUCAAUCUUCGAUCCUGGCCGGUUUAGGAUUCUCACGAAUAGGCAAUCAAAGCAAAUCUCCCAUUCUUCCCACCACACCCGGUGUAUCUCCAGAAAAGUCUAAAAAUGUCGCACUCAAGUCAGAUGAAAGGCACAUCGGCGGAUAUGACCCAAAACGAGAACCACUGAAGGCUUACUUGAGAAUUAGACCACCCAAUGCAGCUUCGACGCGGACCCCGCCGUACAUCUCAAUACUGAAUGACACCGAGGUUUUGCUGGCUCCACCUACUCAAUCCUCAGCUACCGGAUUUGCGGCACAAGAAAGCGUGAAUGCCAAAUACAAGUUUACACGGGUGUAUGGACCAGAGGCCACCCAACAGGAGUUCUUUCAAGGUACCGGGUUACCACUUGUGGCUGAUCUGUUGGAUGGUAAAAGCAGUCUGUGCUUCGCAUAUGGUGUCACCGCUUCUGGAAAAACGUAUACCGUUCAAGGCGGAUUGGAUACUGCCAGAGGCGGUGGCUCGAUGGACCCAGGGCUAUUGCCUCGAACUAUGGACGUCUUGUUCAAUUCGAUCGGAUGUAAUCUGACCGAAUUGCCAAUCAAACCAGCCAGACUGACAGGCAUUGAAAUCGCACCCUUCGUCCCGGAGCCAUUGAGACUGUUGAAACGCAAUGGCUUCUCUGACCCUUCGUCUCCGCAUUCAUCUCCAAUGCUGUUAAAAGACCAAACGAUUUUGCCUAUCGAUACGAACUGCGAGUAUGGAAUUUGGAUUUCUUAUGCUGAGGUUUACAACGAAAAGGUCUACGAUCUACUAGAUACAUUGCUUGAAUCCUCCUCCAGUUCUGGAGCUACCUUUCAAUCAUUUACUGCCAACCUGGCUGACCAAGUCAAGAAUGCAGCUCAUCUACUACACACCAAGGCAUCGCAUUCGGGCGGGGUUAUCAAACGGAAACCGCUGACACUGAAGCACGAUAAAGCCAACGGCAACAAAUACAUCCAUGGUCUGACAGAGAUUAGGGUGAAGACUGCGGAAGAAGCCAAGAUUCUACUACGCCAUGGACAGGUUAAUCGGACGGUGUUUUCUACAUAUGCGAAUCGAACAAGCUCCCGUAGUCAUGGAAUAUUUACGAUCAAAGUGAUCAAACUGCCGAAAAACAUCCAACUUUCAGAAAGUAUGUUAUCCACUGCGACGGUCUCAAGGUUAUCGAUUGUUGAUUUGGCGGGGUCGGAACGGACGAGGAAUACCCAAACGACAGGCCAACGAUUGAAAGAGGCCGGAAACAUCAAUAAGUCGCUCAUGGUCCUGGGACAAUGUAUGGAGACUUUGAGGAGGAACCAAGAGCAGAAGGAGAAAAAUCGUAAAAUGACUAUCGUGCCGUUCCGGCAUUCGAAGUUGACUGAGCUGUUCCAAAGCUUUUUUACCGGCGAGGGGAAAACCGUGAUGAUCGUUAACGUGAACCCUUGUGAUACCGGCUUUGACGAGAAUUCUCAUGUGAUGAAGUUCUCUGCUGUAGCUAGUGAAGUCGUCACUGUUCGGGAGGAACAGCAUCUGAACUCGUACGCCUACCUUCAAGAUCAAGCAAAAGCCCAGGUCGCGCCCCCAGUUGUGGAUGAAACUAGCUUUAUUCUUGAGGAUGAAGACGAUGACGAUGAAACGGAAAAUGAAGAUGGAGCUGAAGAUUUGACAGCAAGUAAUGACGCGUUUGUGGAUCAUCUCUUAGAACAAGUCUCUUCAUUACGUGUAAAGUUGGUCGAAGCAGAAAUUCGGUCAGCCAUGAUCGAAGCUGAGAUCAGAGAACAAGUGAUGCAAGAAUACAACCAGAAAAUGUUAGAUAUGGAAGCCUUGUUUACGCAAAAUAUGGCCAAUGAGGCUAAAGAGGCCGAACUGAAAGCGGACAGGAAGAUAGAUAUCUUCAAUCGAGCAACACAGCAUCUGAGCCGAUCCAGCUCUGAAGAACUCAAUGAGGAGGGAACAGAAGAAUCCAGAAAUCCGAACGAAAUAGACGUCGUCAAGCAAGCAAAACCCCAGCCUAAUCGAUCUAAAAAGUCUACUAAGAAACAGCCAACAGCGAAAGCCCUCAUCGACAGUGAAAAGGAAGCUGAUGAUGAUGAUCCGACUUCUCACCUCCAUCAACCAUCUUCAGAUCAUCGGCCGGAAGCUCAUCCCGUUCGUGAACUUCGUCCCCGGACUCAAAAAUCUUGAAAAAUCGGUUUCUGGAGCGUUGUUUUAUAAUGUUGGUGUCAUCUUUUCUUCUUCAGUUUCCCUUCAUUAUCUUUUUUUUCUUGUGUUUUUUGUUGAGGUAGAGAG